AUACUUCGUCUUGGACUGUUUAAUUACUUGAAACAGACGCGAGGCGCCACUCGCUAUCUCCGUCUCCGCGAACCGUCCGUCUUCUACUUCGCCGCGCCGCGCCGCGGUUCUCCGACCGCCGGGGAAGGCCCGAGCGCCGCCCACCGAGACCGCCCCGCGGUCGGGUUACCGCUCUCUUCCCUCUCUUUACUCCUGUAUAAGCUCGGGAGUCCUCCCUCUCUCUGUCUAUAGCUCUGGCUUGGUGAGGACAUCGAGGACGGAACUAGGUGGAGGAGAUUUCUAGGAUUUUAGGACUGGAUUUGUUUGUUUUUUUAUUCUUGAACAUUGGAGAUUGAUGAGAAUCCAAGGAAAGAUUCGGCAUAUAUGACGACGGGAACCCCUGGGCGAUCGAUGCCGGCGGCGUUUGGAGGUGGUUUUGACAUGGAAUGGCAGAUCUCCUCAGCUACGAGAGCAGCCACAAGGAUGUUGCCGAGGAUGAGUUGUCAUUGAUUUCGCUAUCGAGUGAUGGGAAAAGAAGUUUGAGAUUAGCAUCUGUUUCAAACAUCAUUCAUGGCCAAAGAACCAUAUGCGAGGACAAAGUUGAGGAAGAGGUGUGGUUUGCAGGACUUAAGGCAUUGAUUUCAUCAGGUCAAUCUGGACGUUCAAAAAUUGAUGGAUGGAGGGAAGGCGGACUCUACCUUGAUGAUAUAGAGGACUUAACAUCUAACAGUCCAAGUGACAGAUCCAUUGGCACCAUAGUGGAUGCUAGUUCUCCAGACAGCAAUCUAAAUACGAAUACUUUGUCUGUAGUCUCAUCAUCUGAAAGUUUCGUAUGCUUAGAAAGAUCAGAUGUAACAAGUAUGCAAGUACAAGGGGCCACUUCUGAUGUUUUCAGAGUCAGUGUUUCUAGUGCCCCAAGCACAUCCAGUCAUGGUUCUGCACAGGAUGACUGUGAUGCCUUUGGGGAUGUGUAUGUAUGGGGUGAGCUCACAUGUGAUUAUUCUGCAAGGGCUGGUGCUGAUAGAAAUAUUAGUUAUUUUAGUGGUAGAAUUGAUACCCUUCUACCUAAGCCUUUAGAAUCCAAUUUAGUUUUGAAUGUUCACCAUGUUGCCUGUGGUGUCAGGCAUGCUGCUCUUGUUACAAAACAGGGAGAGGUAUUUACAUGGGGUGAAGAAUCUGGAGGGCGUCUUGGCCAUGGUGUUGGAACAGAUGUUAUCCACCCUCAUCUUGUCAAAUUUUUGGCAGCCUGUAAUGCAGAUUUUGUUGCUUGCGGGGAGUUCCAUACUUGUGCUGUAUCUGUGGCUGGCGAACUUUAUACUUGGGGAGAUGGUACUCAUAAUGUAGGGCUUCUUGGUCACGGUGAUGAUGCCAGUCACUGGAUACCCAAGAGAGUUUCAGGACCACUGGAAGGGCUUCAAGUUGCUUAUGUCACUUGUGGCACCUGGCACACAGCCUUGAUAACUUCCACCAGGCAAUUAUUCACAUUUGGUGAUGGAACAUUUGGUGUCUUAGGACAUGGAGACAGAGAAAGUGUUUCACAUCCAAGAGAGGUAGAAUCGUUGAUUGGUUUGAAGACAAUUGCUGUUGCAUGUGGUGUGUGGCACACUGCUGCAAUAGUAGAGGUUAUGGUUGCUCAAUCUAGUGCCAGUAUGUCAUCUGGAAAAUUGUUCACUUGGGGUGAUGGGGACAAGUAUCGCCUUGGUCAUGGUGAUAAGGAGUCACGACUUGAGCCCACUUGUGUGGAUUCACUGGUUGACUACAAUUUUCACAAGCUAGCUUGUGGCCAUAGUCUUACAAUUGGCUUGACGACUUUGGGAAAUGUUUUUACCAUGGGAAGCACCGUUUAUGGUCAACUUGGCAAUCCCCAAUCUGAUGGGAAGCUUCCAUGCUUAGUUGAAGAUAAGCUUGUUGGCGAAUCUGUGGGAGAGGUUGCUUGUGGUUCAUACCAUGUUGCAGUUUUAACCACCAGGAGUAAAGUUUACACAUGGGGAAAAGGAGCCAAUGGAAGACUUGGCCAUGGAGACCUUGAAGAUCGGAAAACACCUACACUUGUUGAAGCUUUGAAGGACAGAGGUGUUAAACACAUCGCAUGUGGUGCAAACUUCACGGCUGCCAUAUGUCAACAUAAAUGGGUAUCUGGUGUGGAGCAGUCUCAGUGCUCAGCCUGUAGACAAGCAUUUGGCUUCACUCGAAAGAAGCAUAAUUGCUAUAAUUGUGGACUUGUGCACUGCUAUGCAUGCAGCUCAAGAAAAGCUCUGAGAGCUGCAUUGUCUCCUAAUCCUGAAAAACCUUACCGUGUUUGUGACUCCUGUUAUGUCAAAUUGAGCAAAGUGUUGGAAUCUGGCGGGACUAAUAACAAGAGAAAUGCUGUGCCCCGCCUCUUAGGAGAAAGCAAAGAUAAAUUUAACAAAGCAGAUUUGAAAUCAUCUAAGAAUUUGUUGCCCAGUAACCUGGAUUUGAUCAAAAUUCUUGAUAUCAAGGCAGCUAAAUAUGGUAAGUGGACUGACACCUUGUCUUUGAUUGGGGCCUCUCAUGUUAAUUCACUGUUACAGUUAAAAGAUAUUGCUUUUGCUGGUGGGUCUGAUUUUCGCCGAGCAGUUCCCAAAGCAGUCUGCAUAUCAGCGGUUCAAUCUGUAAAUCCUUUGAGGGCUGUUUCACCUUUCUCUAGAAAACAUAGCCCUCCACGUGCUGCAACACCUCUUCCUAGAACUUCAGGGCGUUCUUUCUCUAAAAAUAUUGCUGACAGUCUGAAAAAGACAAAUGAACUCUUGAGUCAAGAAGUUCAGAAACUGCAUGCUCAGGUUGAGAAUCUGAGGCACCACUGUGAACUUCGAGAAUUUGAGUUGCAGAAAUCACAAAAAAAAGCUCAGGAAGCCAUGGCACUGGCUGCAGAGGAAUCUGCAAAAUCCAAAGCUGCAAAGGAAGUUAUAAAAUCAUUAAAAGAUCAGCUUAAGGACAUGGCAGAGAGAUUGCCCACUGGGGUCUAUGAAAAUGAGAUAAACCCAGCAUAUCUGCCAAAUGGCAUUGAGCCACAUGCUAUUCACAACUCCGGUCUGAAUGGGGAGGACCAGUCAAGAAAUGAUGGAAGUGAUGGUCCAGACAUACCUCCACCCAUGACUAUCGACUCUGCUGCUAUUAAUGGAAGUUCAGACCAAAAUCUUCCACCAAGGGAUAUUCAAGAAGUUAAUGAAAUAAGUCCACAAUUUCAAAACAAUAGGAUUGCAUAUUUGAAUGAAGCAAAAGAGCAUUUGCAUACAGAAUGCCAUGGUAAUGAAGAAAUGCCAACAUCAAGUGGUAGAGCAGAGAAUGUAGAUAGCAAGGGAACAGAGCCCCUUCAAAUUGGCGAGAAUGGUUUUAAGUCUCAAAGCCCCACUUCAUCUAGCAAUGAAGUCGAGGCAGAAUGGGUCGAACAGUAUGAACCUGGUGUUUAUAUCACUCUAAUGGCCCUUCAUGAUGGCACUCGAGAUCUGAAGAGGGUGCGAUUCAGCCGCAGAAAAUUCAAAGAGCAUCAAGCAGAAGCCUGGUGGUUUGAGAACCGUGAAAAAGUGUACAAGAGGUACAAUGUUCAUCGGUUAGACAGAUAGGGCUUCAUCAGCAGCAUUCAACAAUCCGCACAAAGAUCAGAAGAAGAGUUCAUGCCAUCUUCAAAAGUUUAGCAGCAAAAGGAUGAAGGAGAUUCCAAUCAGUAUGUUGGAUAAUUCUAAUUCCACUUCAGACUGUGAUCUGAAUGGCAUACUGGAAAUCUCUAAAGCAAGCUACACUUCCCUCCCACACAAAUAGUAUAUUUAUUUAUUUAUUUGUUUAUGCACUUUUUCUUCCUUGAUUGCACCUUCUCUGUAUCUGCCCUUGCCUGUUGUAUUGUACUGUAUAUAAAAUCAUCAAAUCUGACCAUAUUGUGGGGCACAGAAAGGUGUUUUCCUAUGUAUACCUUUUUUUGUUAGUAAUUGCAGAUGAAAUUUCCUUCUUAUUUAUUUCAUUUUCCA